AUGUCUGGAGAAGCGAAACUAGGGUACGCCCCUCCCGCGAAGGGUCUUGGAGCGAUCCUGCCCUACGCAAGGUUUGCUUACAUCGAGUUGGCUCUGCUGAACAAACCACACUGCAUCUACAUGGUCUACUAUCCCCACGUCGUCGGUCUUGCCUAUGCCUCCAGCAUUUCAUCUUCUCCAAUGAGCCCCGAGACGAUUGCGAACCGCAUCGUCAACCUGCUCGUUUGGACCGUUCUGAUGCGCAGUGCAAUCUGUGCCUGGAAUGACAACAUUAAUCAACACUACGACCGCCAAACCGCGCGGUGCUAG